CUCGCUCCUCAGUUUGCCAAAACCAUCAACCAGAGCGCACUCUCCACACCCAACCGGAAGCUCCAAACUGUUUGCUCUCUCUGUGAUCUCUCAUGGCGACGGCGGCGGCGACCACAAGGCGGCCAAGCGGGCCUGUUUUGUCAGUCGCACACUACCGCUCCGCGUCGCCCACGCGCGUGAAGCUCGCCAGCGGGGGCGCCCGGUCGCCGGGCCCGUCCGUUAGCGUUUCGUCUUCCUCCUCUUCGGGCGGCGCACGGAGCCGGCGGACCUGCAUGUGCUCGCCGACCAACCACCCGGGCUCGUUCCGGUGCAGCCUCCACAAGGAACGCAGGUCCCGGGGCGGCCACGGCCACAAGCCGACCUCCCCGCCGUCCCCGAGCAGCUCGAGCCCGACCGCAAGCCGGUUGGGCGCGAGCGCGAGGCGGAUGGGCAGCGCGCUGGUGCGGAUCAGCGCCGUGGAGGGCGGCGAGUGGGCUCGCCGGGCGCUCGCGGCGACGGUGCGGCCGUCGCCCGCGGCGCAGCACCGGCGGCGCGUGGCCGGGUUCCGCCCCCGGCCGAGCCGUCUGUCCACCGUGUCCGUGGCCGGCGACAACGACCAAUAGACGCCGACAUGUUCACAUGUCAUAGAAAUAUUUCUAUAGUACUAGUAAAUAGGAAUUUCUAUAGCAUUUUGUUUUGGUGUAACGCCGAGAACCGGUGAAAUCGAAGUGGAUUAGGAGUUUUGGAUCCUAAUUGAUUUCUUGUGUACAUGGAACUCUGUCUCAGCGAGCCGGAUGAGGCCGUUGGUUUGGAUAAACAUGAGUGAGGAAUGGAGACAUGUGAAUUGCCCCAA